UUAUACCGAGUUUUAUUAGAAAUUUUGAAUUUUACAGUUGUAAUCUUUUUAAACACCUGAAAUUGAAGAUACAUUUGACCAAUUGUAGGAACCAUUGUAUAGAAUAGGAAUGUUUCCACUAUACAAUUACUCUACGAAACAACAUAAAGAUGAGAAAAGCAGUAAUCUAAAAAAUCGCUGAAAAUGAUAAAAUCAAAAAACUUAUAUUUAACGUUCACACAUUUUUUUUUAUAUAUAAGAUAGAAGAAGAAAAUUAUGCCUAGAAAUCUAUGUUAUUUUGUUUUUCUGAAUGUUCCGCGAUUGAUACCAAUACUGAAAACAUACAGUAGACCAGUUUUACCAAAUGAUAAAACUUCUACUUGUUUUAUUUCAUUUAAUCACAUUACCCUUUUCACUAGAUGUGUGUUCAAUAUUAACAUUAUCAAUUUCAUGCGACGGAAGCGCUUUUCUGGAUUUACCUUCAUCAGGAACGCUCAAAACCGAAUAUUUGAAAGCCUAGGAUAUUUAAGAUCCGAAACAUUUGAAAAGCUUUAUGACCAAAAUGAACCUAAAAAUGAUAACCAAUUGCAUCUAAGGUCUACUUUGCCUAAUUCUAGUUAUAUUAUAAUUGAUACUAUUGUUGCUACAAUUGGUCAACAUUUAUAAAUGUUUUCAAACGCUGUUUUUUUUUAUAUGAAAAACUGCACAUUUGAGACAGAUAUAACUUUAUCAUAUUUAUCUCACUAGAUGUAUUCUAAAUCUAAUGAUCUUAUAUUUAGGUAAAGAUGUAGUGAUAACAUCUCAAAAACAGUCAUCAACAGUAAAAACUUCAAAAUCACAACACACAGCGGUUGAAACUGACCACACAAAUGACCAUGUUUUACAGAGCGUUCUUAUUUUUUUUUUUUGCAUUUUUUGCUUGUAGUAGUAAUAGGUGUAAUACUACAAAAUCCGGUUUCAUACUAUUAAAGGUCGAAAAAAUAUUCCCUUUGAUUAGACAGUUGUACGAAGUUAACCCUGCAUUUAAUUGCAGAAAAAAAAAUCUUGAGUCAUAAACAUGUAUCUUGGAUGUUUCAAAGCACAAUUAUUUUUUUAUUUGGUGUUUCUAUAAAAUAUUUUGGACACUUGAGGUUACAUGGUUACAUAAGCUUGUAAACAGUAAGGAAAGGGUGAACAUUUGAUUGGUUAACUUCCCAGUGAUGGUUAUUAUCUUAUAUGCAAUUACAUGUUUUGUGACAUUUUGUCUGUAGUACUGGACAGGAUAAAACUUUACUCUUGCCAAGUAUUUUUUUAUUUGAAACAAAAAUAAAUUCUGCACAAUUUUUUGAAAAGUGCCAAUUUAACAAAGACUGAGUCAGUCGAUACUGAGAUACAGAACAUGUACCGUUAUUGAACCCAAAUAUUAGGUUGUCUUGUGUUUGAGGGCUCCCAUAGAGUGCGAAAGGUGUGUUCGAUCCCUGAUUGUAAUAAACCAAAAACAUUUGCUGCUUGGUUAUAAUUUUCAACAAGUGUUUUAUAACGGUACUUAGAACAACUCUUACACAACUUGGUCUAGUGCUUUAUACUGUUGUCGCGUAUGGAAUGUAAAAAGAGAGUGAUAUGGUUUAUCAAUUCAUUGCACAAAAUCCCUACACGAAAAGCAAUGGAAAUAUCGUGUUAAUGCUUUUCAUUAUCUCAAUAUUACAUUCUUGAUUGGACGUUCAGUCUUGAUCAAAAGCUUACACCUCUCUGGAGUUCUUAAUGACGACGAAUAUUUUCAGCUUUGAAUUUAUACAUGUUUUCUUUUGUUUUUUUUUUUCCAGAUCAACUAGCUAAGGACACAAUAAAUAAUUCAAUUAUUAUCUUAAUCUUAAGUAAAGAUGAUAGAUCCACAUAUUUAAAGUGAUGAAACAUCUAUAAUAUCGGCUACGACACUGAACCGUAAUUUCAGUCUUAGUAACCUAAUGAAGCAGGUCCAUGAUUUUGAUAGAGAGUUCCUACCUGAAAAUGAUAACAAUGAUAUAUCGAGUCUUAGUUAAUCAAAAAGCGUUAUGAUGAGCAAUAAUUGGUUGAUAGUUAUAGACGGUAUUAAAAGGUUUGGCUAUAUUUAGCAUUAUUACGAUAUGGAAUACAUUAUCAACAUAAUGACAACCAUGAGACAGUAUCGUAUUUUUGCCAAUCUGUGAUUACUUUAUAUAUAUUUUCCUUCGCUGUAUUUUAUCAUUAUCAUUAUGUUAUACAAACAAAAUAGUGUUUGUCCAUUUUUUCUUAAUUUGUUAUUUCCUUUUAUUAGACUUACAAUACUUCAUUUUUUAAGAUCUUUCAACUCGUUCUAAUCUGAAUAAGGGUUUUUGUACGAAAAUCUUCUUCCUCAGUAUUUUAGGCUAGUGAUAUCAUUAACUGCACUAUAGUUGUCAUGACUAUAUGACAAAUUGAUAAAUAAAAAUCGUGUAUAUAAACAAUUCGAACGUCUAAUAUCUAUUUUGUUUUAAAUGAUUUAGAAUUUUAUGUAAGCAUUUAAUUUUAGUAUCUAGUCUUUAUUUGUAUGUAAAAACUCACCAGAGAUACAUAUGUAUAAGUAAUAUUGGUCAUGAACAAUAGUUUUAACAUUGUGGACUUUGUGUGUUAUUAUAAAUUCUACGUAAUACUUGUCGUGGCGAUAUAGCCAUUUUGCGAUCGCUCGACGUAUGCAGUUUGAUUUUAUAUCAGUUAAUCAAACAAUAGCAAAACGAUUAUUUUGCAAAUAAAAACCGAUAAUAUUAAAAAAAAUAUAUUAAUAAAGAUAUUCAAAGUAGAACAUUGUAUAAUUUCAAAGAAUAUGGAACAUGCGUAAACAAAUAGCUAGUAUUAAUCGAUUAAGAUGGACAUAAGUAUGAGUCAUAUGCGACUUUUCGCGAUACAUUUCAUAAAAAAAAAAAAAACACUGUUCCUUCAAGAAUUUUUUUUUAGUUUAUUUUUGGUUGGAUUUUAGGAAUUUUUGGUCCUCAAUGCUCUUCAUCUUCGUACUUUAUUUGGCCUUUUUUAAACUUUUUUAUUUUUGAGCGUCACUGAUGAGUCUUUUGUAGACGAAAAGCGCGUCUGGCGCAAAUACAAAAUUUCAAUCCUGGUAUCCAUGAUGAGUUUAUUUAUUAACUUGGUACCACUAGAAGCAGAAUUGUCAUAUUUUGAAUUUUUAUUUGUUUCGAAUUUUAUAAUGAACAAGUGUCAUUUUCUGACGAUUUGAUCACGAGUUGUUUCUUUUUGUGUGUCAUGAAGUUUGCUUUUUAUUAAGUGUGUUUACUUUAGGAGAAAAAAAAAAGUAAGACUAAGUAAUCACCAAAUGAACAAAUAGAAUUCAGACAAUUCUGAAUUUUUCUAUACCUGGUUUUUUUAAAUUUUAAGCAUGUAAUAUAAAUUAUUCCUAGAAUACGUAUACGUGUACGCAUUUCAAAUGAAACAAGUCCCAACGUUUUUCAAAUGAUUCAAGUCACCAUCUGUAUGUGAGUCUAUGUCCCUUUGAGUAUACAAAAAAUGCUUUAUGUAAGAUUAACAAAAGUACUCGGAGAGAAUGCUGGUCGUUUGCUUUGAUGCAAAUCAUUUUGUAUGUUAAAUUCUGUAUUCGCAGCAGAAAUCACAUUAAGAAUAAAAAAUCACACUCGGCCCAAUGCAACAUUGGUCAACUACUCUUGCCUCCUCUUGAGAAUUAUACAUUGACAAAAUAUACACUACUCAAGCAUGUUUGCGCACAAUUUUACAAAUAAGGAAAGGUCUGUUAUAGGUCCCACCCAGCUAGUACAAACUGGACAUUUCUAGUACGAAAUGGUCCUUGGUGUCGUAUAUAAAAUAGUGGAUCUAGCAAGUCUUUGAUUUAAAACAGAGUUUUUUCUAAGUAUAUCAAACUAAAGAUUUAUGCUUCUGGUGAUUAUUUUUUAGAAACUUCUGUACUAAUGGAUCUUGAAUAGUUGAGUUGUUCAAUUCAAAAUUCUGAUUAUUAUGUUUUGUUUUAAAUGAAAUGUGAUGUUUUAGAAACAUAAUAGGAAAGAAUCUAAAUAACGCUCAACAUAUUUAUAAAGCCAUGCACAAGUUAAUAAAACCUCCAUUAACCAAAGUUUUUUAUGUGAACAAGUAUCAAAUUCGGGAUAUUCCUGACAUACAUUUGCUUUAACAUCAUUCAUGCAUCAAUAAUAGUUUUAACUAUUAACUCUGUUUUACUUGGUCAGAUACUUACUAUUGUGUAUGGUUAAGUCCUAAACCCGAUACCCGUGAAAAAAUAUUCGGUUACAAACUUUGUGAUGUUAAGAUCUACUUUUAUUCACUUAAAUAUUUACUGACGCAAUGAUAUGUUAUCUUAUAUAUCAUUUUGAUUUGAAAGUUUUAUUUAAUAGUGUCAACAUUUAUGAAUUUUAAAUUAAAGUUACUUUUAAUUCAAACAAUACAGAUUGUUUUCGUCGAAUAUAUGAUGAAGUAUAGAAUUACAAUUUACUGUGGUUUUAACACAUGCCAUGAUGGAAUGAAGACAUGCCACUCGGAAUAACUAGCUGCAAUGAAGACAUGUGGUACUUAAAUGUAUUUUUCCUUUUGUCGUGUAUACCAUAUACAAGUUGCUUCAAUCUGACAUGCUACUCACAACAAGACAACUCAGCUCUCAAAUUCCAUUGCACAGCCAUCAAGUACGAAAAGGAAAAUUGUAGUGACAAUGUCCUGUCAACUAUAUAUGGAGCUCUAUAUGGACAAAAAUAUUGGGCAGCAAAACCACAUGACUUGCAGCUAAUACCAAUACAAGAAGAGUACUUAAGAACAACUCGAUUCUAUCCUGGAUUUCUAGUAGUAGUUCAACCUCCUAGAACAGGUUUUAUACAAAAUAUCAGAGGAUUCCACUUAAAUUACGAAGAAUUGGACAAAAAUCUGAGAAAAUGUAUCAUUAUUGUAAUAACCAAUGUUACCUUAGACCACACUCAUAGAGAUAAUAAUUUGAAAUUUGAAAUUAAAUUAUGGCCUUUGAAUGGAAAUAAAGAUUUCUCCAUUACAUCAUGGACACUCCCAAAACCCCCUGAGAGUGAACACAAUACAAAUCUGAUAAGAUAUGGUAGAACUGGAAAAUGGCAAUGGGGUUUGACAGACGCACCAAGGGACUGGAUAACAACUAUUUCUUACUUUAGUAACAUAGAGGAUAUGUACAUAAGGAUCUGGUUUGUUCCCGCUCCUGUGGAAUACAAAUUUUCACAAUAUAAUGUUUUGUUAGAAAAAAUCUUGUCCGGAGAGGAAACAGAUUUUGAAGAUAGAAUAACGAUAGAAGACAUCAGGAUAUCCCAGGUAGACUACACAUUUCUAAAUGUUAAACCCGGAAGAUACAGGAUUUUGGUUCAGCCAUUUGAUGACAACUGCAGUUGUAAAUCCAAUAGAAACAAUUGUGGACAGUGUAUACGAACAAGAACUUCUGUUAUUAUUGUGGCCGCGACAGGUGAAAUGCCUUUAGCAGUCACAAGAAGAACUGUAAGAACUUUGAGUUUACAACGAACUUCACCCGACCCAAUGCGAGCUGCAUUAACCCCGAUCAUAAGUAAAACACCUAAUCAGGAUAUUAUACCCAGUGUUCUCGGAUUUAUUGCAUUUCUCCUAGCGAUAAUUAUAAUUGUUGAAUGUUACAAAUUCUAUAAAGUUUCAGAAAACAGAAAUUCUUAUACAGAUGUGAAUAUAAAUAACACAGAUGUUAAAGCCUUAAAUGGUAGGUCAGGGACAGUAGCCAUUGUAGCGGCAGAUGACGACGACCUACAUAACACAUUAGUCAUGUCUUUUGUUAUUUUCCUGCAAGAAACUUGUAAACUCAAUAUUUUAUUUUAUCCCUUGUCUCAGUCUAAGAAUAAAAACCGCUGGAUCGACAAUGCCGUGAAUAAAUCAGAUCAUAUGGUAUUUGUUUUAUCAAAGUGUUCAGUAAAUCAGUAUGCACAGUGGGUAGAGUCGGCGUAUAGACAAAAUAAUGACAGUUUAUUUAUGGAAUGUCUUGAAACUGCUUUAAAUAAUUCAAUUAGCAAUAAUGACAUAUCAAAUAAGAUCAUUCUUGUUCAGUUUGGACAUAGUCAAAAUAUACAGGUUCCCUUUGAUCUUUGCAACAAACACCAGUAUCUGUUAGUAAAACAGCUCAAUGAAUUUCUCGGUCAUAUCAACGGUUUUCAUCCAUGGGAAGAAGACUUUAACCAGUUUUGCGACCAACGUAAUGAUAAUAUUCUAACGUCUAAAGGAGGCAGAAAUUUUAUAAAGGCAUUUAAAGAAGCGUUGGGAAAUAAUUCAGAUAGUGGAUUGCCAGCGAGGGAGCCAUCGUUGAAAUCAAUUCAUCCAAACAUCAAUUCAAACGUUUUCAGAAAUGCUUUCAUCAGCUUCAAUCGGUCAAAAGAGAAAGUAUGUAUCAAUGCGGGAAAUUUUUGGACAGGUUUUAACGAAGCAACAGAGAGUAAUUUGCGUACUGUUUCUGACAGUGGGUUGGCUCCAAGUGAGCCAAAUAUAGAUUUUAUACCGCCAAACAUACAAGACGAAAUUCGAAGCUAUGAUAUCGAUAGCAUUGACCAAGAAGAAGAGAUAAAACGUUUUAAUGAAAAAAAUUCACAAUAUUGUGAGUGAUAUUUUAAAAUAAGCCUACAUCUAGAAUAUGCCCGCUUUGUUUACCAUUUGUAUCACAGUCCAUUCUAAUACGUUUAUAUUGUGACAAUACUUAUCGUUCUGGCUAAACGUAUGUGUUGAUCAUUUGUAUCACAGUCCAUUCUUACGACCAAAUACGUUUAUAUUGUGACAAUACUUAUCGUUCUGGCUAAACGUAUGUGUUAAUUAACAUUUGUAUCACAGUCCAUUCUUACGACCAAAUACGUUUAUAUUGUGACAAUACUUAUCGUUCUAACUAAACGUAUGUGUUUAACAUUUGUAUCACAGUCCAUUCUUACGACCAAAUACGUUUAUAUUGUGACAGUACUUAUCGUUCUGGCUAAACGUAUGUGUUUACCGUUUGUAUCACAGUCCAUUCUUACGACAAAAUACGUUUAGAUUGUGACAAUACUUAUCGUUCUGGCUAAACAUAUGUGUUUAACACUUUGUAGCAAAUUUAACAAUUUGUCUGAUUAAAUGUCUCAUAAUUUUUUA